AUGUUUGCACGAGUCGUUCGCCCUGCGGUGGUUAAUAGCAAUGCUCUUAGUGUUGGCUAUCAAGGUCGAAACUAUGCCACCUUGAAAGAAAUUCAGUUACGAUUAAAGUCCGUAAACAGCAUUGCCAAGAUCACAAAAUCUAUGAAGAUGAUUGCAUCAACAAAGAUGACCCGUGCACAAAGAGCAAUGGAGAUUGCAAGAUUUUUCGGUGCCACUCAAGCAGCCCUUUUCAACAAUGCCGACACCAAGCCACCCGAAGACGGUCAAAUACUAGUUGUUACCGUUUCGUCUGAUCGUGGAUUAUGCGGUGGUAUUCAUUCUAGUGUGUCAAAAUAUUCACGCAAUCUCCUUCUCGAAAAGCCAAAUGCACAUGUUGUAGUACUGGGCGACAAAGCAAAAUCGCAACUCUCACGUACAGUUCGUGAAAAAAUCAAACUUUCUUUCAAUCAAAUUGGAAAAGCUGUACCAACAUACGCUGAAGCAAGCGCUGUAGCUGAUACUAUAUUAAAAGAAAAAAUUGAAUUUGAUCAAGCCGUGAUUGUUUAUAAUUACUUCAAAUCGGUUAUCUCUUAUGAAGCCGAGACCAUUCCUGUAUAUUCCGAAACAACUUUUUCUAAAUCCGGAAACUUUGAUGCAUACGAAGUUGAAGAUGAUGUUCUAGAAAACCUUAAGGAAUUUGCAUUUGCUAAUUCAAUUUAUUGGGGCCUAGUUGAGGGUCAUGCAUCAGAGAUGGCGUCAAAACGUAGUGCAAUGGAAAAUGCAACAAAAAAUGCGGGCGAAAUGAUUGAUAAAUUGACUCUUACUUAUAAUCGUGGCAGACAAGCUGUCAUUACUAAUGAAUUGAUCGACAUUAUAACUGGUGCUUCGGCAAUUUGA